CACAAGGGUUAUGAUGACAAUAAGAAGCAUUGUUAUGGAGACCGUGAGUAUAACGACCCCCAUGGUGUGAUGGAGUCGCUGGAGUUCCUGGCGAAACCCGAGAACAUGAGGAAGCUGAAGAAGAUGGGAAUGCUGGACAAGCUGGGGCCACUGGCGGGGGUUCUGAAGGGCAUGAACAAGAAGGGCAAAGGGAAGGGAGGACGCGACUACGACUUCGACUGUCUGGGGGGCAUAGGUCAGGGGUCAUGGGAUCGACCUAGCCGCGGUCAUGGAGGAAAACAUAAGCGUGGCAAACACGGACGGCGAAGGCGCAGUGGGUCAGGGUCACGUUCUGGCUCAGGGUCAAGAUCAGGGUCAAGGUCAGGAUCAAGGUCGGGGUCAGGGUCACGUUCACCUCAUGGCCGUCGCAAGCACGGCAAGCAUGGUAAACAUGGAAAACACGGCAAGCACGGGUCAAGAUCACCCUCGCCUGGAGGCCGCCACGGACACGGUCGCCAUGGUAAACACGGAAAGCGCGGGAAGCAUGGCGGACGGGGAGGAGGGAUGAAGUUCCACAACCUGCACGGGCUGGGGAAGAUGCUGCACGGAGGGGGAGGCUAUGACGACUACAGCAGUGACGAUUACUGCGAUUAGUGAUGACGUCGAACACACAGAUCCGUGCCGUCAUAGGAUAUGUUGUCUUUGUGUCGUCAUAGUUUAGUGUAGACCUUUUAGAAAGAUAAUUUUUUGUUCUAUCUAACCUAUGAUGAUGACUAAAGCAGUGACGAUUACAGCGACUAGUGAUGAUGUCGUGCACGUAGAUCCGUGUCGUCACGGGUUUAUGUUGUCUAGUAUUCACUUUUGAAACAUGUAGUGGGAAGCUACCUAACCUACUGGGGUAUAUCUAAAAUUAUUAUCAUAACAUUUUCAUCAACUUUGUUUUAUUUUAUCAUCAAUUAUUCCGUAACUAUUACGUCGUAUUUUGUUCGUAUAUGUAACGCUAUUUGUAACGACAUUAAAAUGGAAGCUGUC